ACUGUGACCCCUGCUGUGCUGGGAGCAUCUGAACUUUGAAGGCAAGAAGCAGAAUUUUGAGAAAUUUUAUUCUCAGGCUUCACAAAACCUCUGGUUUUUUUUUUUGGCUGCAAAGCCACCAGCGCUUGGUGUGGAGAUGGGGAACAUGGACGGGAAAACCGUGGAGGAGCUCAGCACCACCGAGUGCCACCAGUGGUAUAAGAAGUUCAUGACAGAGUGUCCUUCUGGCCAGCUCACCCUCUACGAGUUCAAACAGUUUUUUGGCUUGAAAAACCUGAGUCCUUCAGCGAACAAAUACGUUGAGCAAAUGUUUGAGACGUUUGACUUCAAUAAGGAUGGCUACAUAGAUUUUAUGGAAUAUGUGGCAGCUCUGAGCCUGGUCCUGAAAGGGAAGGUGGACCAGAAGCUGCGGUGGUACUUCAAGCUCUAUGAUGUGGAUGGGAAUGGCUGCAUUGACCGGGGAGAGCUGCUGAACAUCAUCAAAGCCAUUCGAGCCAUCAACCGAUGCAACGAAACGAUGUCGGCUGAGGAGUUCACAGACAUGGUGUUCGACAAAAUCGAUAUAAAUGGAGAUGGUGAGCUCUCCCUGGAAGAGUUCAUGGAGGGCGUGCAGAAGGAUGAAAUGCUGCUGGACAUCCUCACCCGCAGCCUGGACCUGACACACAUCGUCCGGUUGAUCCAGAACGACGGGAAGAACCCGCACGAGCUGGAGGAGGCAGAGGCUGCCAAGUAACCUCCUGGGACGCUCUCCCCGCGCCUCCACUUUUCCCCCCUUGCAUUAUUAACUCGUGUCGUGGUUGUGGGAGCUGGUGAACUGUCCCAGUGCCAGUGUGGCCACAGGCUACCCUGUUAGUGCAGGGACCAGGACCUGCUCUGAAGGUGCCGCUCCCCUGGCAGAUGGUUUGGGGGAGCUGGGGGCCCUGCCCGGCGCUAGAGGAAAAGCUGCUGCAAGGAGGGGAUGUGGACACAUGGAAA